AUUUCUUGGCAGACAAGGCUCUUUCGUUUUUAUUUGUAGUCAUCUGAGCUCACAAGAAAUUCUGGAAAACCCCAGGAAGCUGGAAGGAUACGAUAAAAGCCCAAACUUCCAGUGAAAGAGAAAAGUGACAGAAAACCACUGGAGCUAAACUGAGAAAAACUGGAAAGAAGGCAAGCACUCUUAGAACUUUCUCUUCAAGGCAACUCUGUUUCCAGCUCUAAAGGGUCUCUGCUCUGGACAAAGGUAACACCCUGGACAUGGCCUCAGAGAUCCACAUGCCAGGCCCAGUGUGCCUCAUUGAGAACAUUAAUGGGAAACUGACAGCUAAUCAGACAGCUUUGAAGAUCCUGUCUGCAGUUAAGCAGCCUGUUGUGGUGGUGGCUAUUGUGGGCCUCUACCGCACAGGCAAAUCCUACCUGAUGAACAAGCUGGCAGGGAAGAAAAAAGGCUUCUCCCUGGGCUCCACAGUGCAGUCUCACACCAAGGGAAUUUGGAUGUGGUGUGUGCCUCAUCCCAAUAUGCCAAACCACACCCUAGUUCUGCUUGACACUGAGGGGCUGGGAGAUGUAGAGAAGGGAGACAAUCAGAAUGACUCCUGGAUCUUUGCUUUGGCGAUACUACUGAGCAGCACCUUUAUAUACAAUAGCAUGGGAACCAUCAACCAGCAGGCCAUGGACCAACUGCACUACGUGACUGAGCUAACAGAUCGAAUCAGGGCAAAAUCCUCACCUGGAAAUAGUGAGGUUGAUGAUUCAGCUGACUUUGUGAGCUUCUUUCCAGCCUUCGUGUGGACUCUGAGAGAUUUCUCCCUGGAGCUGGAAGCAAAUGGACAACCCAUCACUGCUGAUGAGUACCUGGAGCUUUCACUAAAGCUAAAAAAAGGUACCGAUCAAAAAACUAAAAGCUUUAAUGAGCCUCGAUUAUGCAUCCGAAAGUUCUUCCCCCAAAAGAAGUGCUUCAUCUUUGACCGGCCUGCUCAGAGGAAGAACCUUAUUCGCCUCGAGCAGCUACAGGAGGGAGAGCUGAACCCUGAGUUUGUAGAACAAGCUGCAGAGUUCUGCUCCUACAUCUUCAGUCAUUCCAAGCCCAAGACUCUUUCAGGUGACAUCGCAGUCAAUGGACCACGUCUGGAGAUCUUGGUGCUAAACUAUGUCAAUGCCAUCAGCAGUGGGGAUCUGCCCUGCAUGGAGAACGCAGUCCUGGCCUUGGCCCAGAUAGAGAACACGGCUGCAGUGCAAAAAGCCAUUGCCCACUAUGACCAGCAGAUGAGCCAAAAAGUGCAGCUGCCCACGGAAACCCUCCAGGAGCUACUGGACCUGCACAGGGCCAGUGAGAAAGAGGCCAUCAAGGUCUUCAUGAAAAGCUCCUUCAAGGAUGUGGACCAGAAAUUCCAGAAGGAAUUAGGGGACAAGUUACAAGCAAAACAAGAUGAUUAUUAUAAACAGAACAUAAAAGCAUCCAUGGAUUAUUGCGAGGCUUUAAUUCAGGACAUUUUUCAUCCUCUAGAAGAAGAUGUGAAGCAGGGGAUAUUUUCUAAACCAGGAGGUUAUCUUCUGUUUAUUCAGAAGAAACAGGAGCUGAAGAAUAAGUACUACCAGGUGCCCAGAAAGGGGAUAGAGGCAGAAGAGACAAUAAAGAAGUACUUGGAAUCCAAAGAGGAUGUGGCUGAUGCACUUUUACGGACUGAUCAGUCACUCACAGAAAAGGAAAAAGAGAUUGAAGUGGAACGUGUAAAGGCUGAAUCUGCAGAGGCUGCAAACAAAAUGCUGGAAGAAAUGCAAAAGAAGAAUGAGCAGAUGAUGGAACAGAAAGAAAAGAGCUAUCAGGAACAUGUGAAACAACUGACCGAGAAGAUGGAGAAGGACAGGGCCCAGCUACUGGCAGAGCAAGAGAGGACCAUUGCUCUGAAACUUACGGAACAGAAACAACUUCUGAAGGAGGGAUUCGAAAAUGAGAGCAAGAAACUUCUAAAAGAAAUCCAGGAUAUCAAGAGGAGAAACAGUGCGACUGGCCCGAGGUGUAUCAUACUCUAAAAAUCUGAAGAACAG